CUCCGGCGCGAGGCGGUGACGCACUUCCGGCGGCCGCGCGGAGGCAGCAUGGCGGAGGCGGCCAUGGCGGCGGAGGUGCCCGCGCCUGCUACGGCUGUGAGGGCGGCGCCGCUCCUGGCGCUGGAGCCGCGGCUGCAGCGCCAGUUCCAGCAGAAGGUGCAGCGGGCCCGCACCAAGCGGACGGUCCAGGAGGAGCUGACGCCGGGCGUGGUGUUCGUGGGGCAUCUCCCGCGGGGCCUGUUCGAGCCGCAGCUCCGCGAGUACUUCGGGCAGUUCGGGACGGUGACGCGGCUGCGGCUCUCCAGGAGUAAGAAGACUGGAGCCAGCAAGGGCUAUGCAUUUAUAGAGUUUGAGUGUGAUGAUGUGGCCAAGAUUGUUGCAGACACCAUGAAUAACUACCUGUUUUCUGAGAGACUGCUCAAGUGUCAGUUCGUGCCUCCCGAGAAGGUGCAUGAGGAGCUGUUCAAGGACUGCGAGAGGAUGUUCCGGCAGCCGUCCCGGCCGGCUGUGCGGCGCUACAACAGGGUGCGCUCCCUGCUGGAGAAGGCCAGGAUGACCAAGCGCCUGCUGCGCAAGGAGAGGCUGCUGCGCAAGAAGCUGGCCGAGAAGGGGCUCGAGUAUGACUUCCCGGGAUUUGCUGCACAGGCACUUUGCAAAAAGAGAAAAAAAAUUAAAACAUCCAAGAAAUCAAAACUGAACAUUUCUUUGAGCAGCCAGGAUCCUACUCCAGUCUGUACUCCAGCAGUGCUUGAGCGCCGGAAAGCUGCUCAGAUGGAUGACGACAUGGAGGAUGAUGAAGUAACUCUCAAGCUGCCCUCUGCCAGUGUUAUGAACUCUGUGCAGGGACCAAAGAAGCAGCCAAGGCAAAGACCAAACCGGAAGAAACGGAAACAGACUUAAAAUUUUUGUGGCUGUAGCCAUAUUUUUCUCAAUUUAAAAACUAUUGAGGUGGAACUUCCUGCUGUGUUUGCUGUCCUGGCUUGGUUCAUCCUGCCAAGACUGUUCCAGUUUUUCUUAGGUAAGAACUCUGUUCACAAAUCCUGUCCCUCUGGUCUGGCCAUCUGGGGACCUAUGGUCUUCUCUGCCCAUGAAGAUAUUCUUGACUUAGUGCUCACAAGUGCCCGUGCUGUGGCACAGCUACAGCAAUCCAAAAUCCUCAGUUAAUUUUCUAACUUGUUUCUAACGCUCACUGUUCGGAAAGAAAAUGUGAGGCUGUCCAUUCAGAGCUUGCUAAUGCAAGGAACCAUAUCUUAAAUUUAUAAUUAAUGACAGGUUAUUAAAAAAAUUACCAUUUUUCAACUC